AUGGUUGAUCCAUUUAGGAUGCGUUAUCGAAAACGACCAAAAAAAGUUUGGACACAGGAAGGUGAGGUAUAUACAGGAUUAGAAAAGUCCGAUCGUGAAUUACCCUCUCCGAAUGCAAUCAAUGAUACCAUAAAAAGAAGGAAAAGCAGAUCGGAUGAUUCGGACAAUCCAUAUCGUCGGCUCUAUGGGUCUACGCAAUAUCAGCCAUCAAGCGAAUUCACUGCACCACCAAUGGUUGGAGGGCCACUACAAGUACCGAGUAUUAUAUUUGAAAUCGAGGAAGAACCAACCAGAACAUGGUAUUAUUGUCGUUGGACAAUUUAUUGGAUAAUAUGGUUGAUAGCAUUCAUUUUUACUUAUUUCCUCAUUUUUCGACAUUAUUACUGCUCACUUCUGAUGGAAUUCUGA